CUCUCUUCAGUCUCUGGCGCUCACUUCUUUCAAGUUUUGUCUUUUUAAUAUUUGUUCGCCUUUUUCUUUAGAGCUUCUCCCUCGAGCCUUGGAACCGUCGUAUGCCAUCUCUCACCUGAAGUUACAUUGGCUUUUGGUGCUACCUUGAACAAACCGCCAAGUGUAACAAUGAUGGUGUUUUCCGGCAGCAGACAGGUGGUUCCCGUCGACUACGAGGCUGAAGUUUCCCAGCGUCUGCUCGAAGCUUCGUUAUCCGGCGAUCUGAGGUACGCUCUCGAGUGCAUAGCCGAUCCGUUCGUCGACGUCAACUUCGUCGGCGCCGUCUGCUUGAAAACGAGGAAGACCGAAGUCGUUUUGCGAGAAGAAUUGGCGAGUGAGGUCCGCGUCGAGUAUGAAGAGUUUAAAACUGACGUCACAGCUCUUUUCCUCGCUGUUCAUGUUGGAAAUGUCGCUCUCGUAAAGAAACUACUGAGCAUAGGAGCUGAUGUGAAUCAGAAACUCUUCAAAGGCUUUGCAACAACAGUAGCAGUGAGGGAGGGCCACUUUGAGAUUCUGGAAAUCUUGCUUAAAGCUGGGGCUUCUCAGCCAGCAUGUGAGGAAGCUCUUCUAGAGGCAAGCUGCCAUGGGCAAGCAAGGCUUGCAGAACUGCUCAUGGGCUCUGAUUUAAUUCGGCCACAUGUUGCUGUUCAUGCUCUCGUCACAGCAUGCUGCAGGGGGUUUGUGGAAGUGGUGGACACCCUCAUAAAGUGUGGUGUUGAUGUAAGUUCAAGUCAUAGGCAGCUGCUCCGGUCGUCUAAACCUUCUUUGCACACAAAUGUUGACUGCACAGCACUUGUGGCUGCUGUUGUUAGUAGGCAGGUCUCUGUUGUUCGCUUGCUUCUACAGGCUGGGACCCCAACCGAUAUUAAAGUAAGUCUGGGAGCAUGGUCAUGGGACACGACUACAGGUGAAGAGUUUCGAGUGGGUGCAGGACUGGCUGAACCCUAUGCUAUCAGUUGGUGUGCUGUAGAAUAUUUUGAAGAUAGUGGUGCCAUCUUGCGCAUGCUCCUUCAGCACCUCACCCUUGAGACACCUCACUAUGGAAGAACCCUCCUCCACCAUGCUAUCCUUUGUGGCAAUGCCGGAGCUGUCGAAGUGCUCUUGAAUUGUGGCGCAAAUGUUGAAUCCCCAGUUAAAACCAUGAAAACUGAGUUCCGGCCGAUACACAUGGCUGCCCGUCUUGGCUUGUCAGCAACCCUUCAAUCCCUCAUUGAUUUUGGUUGUGAUCUAAAUUCCAAGACGCAUAUUGGUGACACAGCUUUGAUGGUUUGUGCAAAAUACAGGCAUGAAGAAUGUAUUAAAGUGUUGGCCAGGGCUGGUGCUGACUUUGGCUUAGUUAAUGUCUCUGGUCAGUCUGCUAUUUCAAUUGCUGGAUCAAACCAGUGGUCCCUUGGUUUUCAGCACGCAGUGCUAGACGUAAUCAAGGUUGGAAAGAUACCCAAGUCAAGCAACGUUUCAGUUUUCUCUCCCCUAAUGUUUGUUGCUCAAGCUGGUGAUGCUGAUGCUCUAAGAGCUCUGAUAGAAAGGGGAGAAGUUGAUCUUGAUUAUCAGGAUGAUAAUGGUUUCUCAGCAGUCAUGGCUGCUGCCUUAAAGGGUCAUGUUGAAGCAUUCCGGUUGCUGGUUUAUGCCGGGGCUGAUGUUAAGCUGUGUAACAAAUCUGGUGAGACUGCAAUUACUUUGUCUGAACUGAACCAGAAUCGUGACCUGUUUGAGAAGGUGAUGCUUGAUUUUGCACUUGAAAAGGGCAACCGCAAUGCUGGAGGCUUCUAUGCUUUGCAUUGUGCAGCACGUCAUGGAGAUUUGGGUGCUGUUAAAUUGUUAAAAAGCAGGGGCUAUGAUGUAAAUGUCCCUGAUGGAGAGGGCUACACUCCGCUUAUGUUAGCAGCUAGAGAAGGUUACGGUUCCAUGUGCGAGCUCUUAAUCUCUCAUGGGGCGAAUUGUGAUUUUCAGAAUGCUAAAGGGGAAACCGCACUCUCUCUUUCUAGAAAAACCGCUGGCUUGAAAAAUGAUGCAGAACGUGUGAUUCUAGAUGAGCUUGCUCGCAAGCUUGUUCUUGGUGGUGCCCCUGUAAUGAAGCAUACCAGGGGAGGCAAGGGAAAGCCACAUGGGAAAAACAUGAAAAUGGUGGGGACUGCUGGAGUGCUGCAGUGGGGAAAGGCAAGUCGACGUAAUGUGACAUGUCGAGAGGCAGAAUUAGGACCAAGUCCAGCCUUCGAGAGGAGCAGGCGCAGCAAGGGCGAUGCCAACGAACCUGGAGUAUUUCGAGUGAUGACUACCAAGAACAAAGAGUUUCAUUUUGUGUGUGAAGGUGGGUUUGAAAUGGCUGAGCUAUGGGUGAGAGGAAUAAAGCUUGUAACCAGGGAGGCUAUUUUUGGUAGCCAAAAGUAUAGAUAGAGAUUGAGUCCGGGAGUGGAUUGUUAGAUGAUUGUAUAGACGUAAGGAGGAGUACUUCGUCUUGAAGUAAUAUGAACUCACUAUUUCUCUGUAAAGAUUUUGAUCUCGAGUAGUUUGUAAAUGCUUUCUCAUAUAAA